AAUAAAUUAAUUUUAAAAUAUUAUGGAUAAUAAAAAAUUAAUGAAAGUACCAACUAAAGUAGAUUCUGAGUUGGGAAAUUUUCUAGUAUACAAUGAAAAUGCUUAAGGAAUAAAAUUUAAGACUCUUUUUGAGGACAAACGUACAAUUAUAGUAUUUAUACGUCAUUUCUUUUGCUAUGUUUGCUAAGAUUUUGUGAGAGCUCUUGCACAAGAUAUUAACUUUGGCGAUCUAAAAUAAAAAAAUAUAAACCUCUAUGUUGUUGGGUGUGGAGAAAUAAGUGGAAUUAAAAAUUUUUCAUUAGAAACAAAAUUCCCUAGUUAACUUAUAUAUGUUGACACUUAACGCUUCACCUAUAAUAAAUUAGGAAUGAUGAGGGCUGAAACUAUUUCCUAAGUAAGAUCAGGAAAGAAAUCAGAGGACACAAAAACUUCUACUUUUUGCGGUUUAUGCAAAACUGCUUGCAGUAUUAUUACUAAGAAAAGGCAAGGAGACAUUUAUCAAUUAGGAGGAACUUAUAUAUUUGAAACAGAUGGAAAAAUAAUUUACACCUUUGUAGAUGAUAGCUCAAAUGGACAUUGCAGUUCCAAAGAAAUUUUAGAUCUUAUUUAGAAAUAUAGUUAGAAUAUAGAAAAUUGA